GGUAAUGGUGCAACCGAUUAUGAGUUUAAAUGGUAUUUAUGUAAUUACUAAUUAGCCCUUCACUGAAGAAGAGAUGGGGUUUAGUUGGUAAUUUCCAGGCUGAAACCCGUCAUCACACCUCGCGUGCACUGUACACAGCUGGCAUAGCCAUAACAGAUUUCGCGCCUCUUCUCUUCUUCCCCUUCCUUCUCCAUUCUUACUCUCGGAUUCCAAUUUCCAAUUCCGUUCUUUCUUUCUUUCUUUCUUUCUCUCUUAUUCUUGUACCUCCACAUCUGCUACAAUCCGACGAGAAUCAUUCACUCCACUCGAGAUGGCGACUCCAACGAGAGACUUGAUCCUCUCUUUGACUUACAGAGCUGCGGCAACGGAAGCACAACUCCAGGCGCUCAGCAACCGUCUUAUGGCGAUCGCCGAUCGAUUGACGACGAUAGGCGACCUGACGCGCGAGAGUUCCACUCUCCUUCACGAACUGCAAGAUCGGAGCACUGAACACGAGCAGCACCUGCUCGCUCUCAUCACCAAGGCCGACGGUCACUCCUCUGAUUUAGCUGCGAUGAAUGUGCGUCUGGACGGCAUCGACAGACGUUUUGACCAAGUGAUGCCGCGGUUGACUGAGCGAGGCAGGGAGAAUGUCGCCGCGGAUGUGAUUCUGCCGGUGGUUGCCGACGGUGGCUCGCUCCGUCGCGAGAAUCGUCAGGUUGAUUUUCCAUCUGGUCCGCCUGUCCUUCCACUCCUCACCACCACUGCUCCCUCCGAUGCGGCUCUUCACUCGUCCAGUCCAAGUCCAGAGGAUUCCAGCACUUCUUCGCCUGCUUCGCAGCGGACUAGCAAGCGCCGUCGUCGGACCUCCACCCCCAGCAACAAGAGAGUGCUGGGGAAGCGGCAUCCGAUGGACCUUAUCCUUCCGGCUGGUCACCGAGCACUGCUACCUGAUGGUCUUGGAAAAGCUUUCCCUCGUACCAGGAUUUUUCUCAGGGACCUUAUAAAUUGGAUGAUUGCUGGAGAGAGCUUGGAGUUGGACGUGGAUAAACGGACGGUUCAGGAAAUUGAUCAUUUGAGUAAGGUUCUGCGAAGGCAGAAAGUGAUUGUGGUGGCUAGUAAUGAAGAGGUGGAAGGUUUGCGAGCAGAAGGAUUCAAUGGCCUGAUCAGAAUCAGGCCAAAGCAUUGCUCUACAGCUGAGAUCGGGGAUUUGCAGAGACGGAUUAGAGCGCUCGGUCUUCAGCUUGCUUCUGGAGGGCCUCGUUGGGAGCGGAGAUGAAAUGCUUGGGCUUGUUGAUGCUUUGUCCUUGUGCUGAAAUGCUUUUCCUUGCAGAGUGGAGUGGAGAUGUGAGCCUUGCUUGGUUCCUUCUUGAUAGCCUUGAUGGGGUAUAAGUGAUAUCACUGUGAUUUGUUUGGACGGGGACAUCUGAACUUCUUAUAGUUUGUUAGAGAGUAGUACUUGAUACAUGACGGUAAAUAGUUUGCAGCAAUGACGAGUUGAAGUUUGAAUGACUGUUGGAUCUGUAGUUUCCUGCAGAAAUGCUUCCAGCCUUGGUUUGAGAAAUUGAAUCAUCCAGUGCAAAUGUAAUAGACUUUUCUGUGACAG